AUGGACGAGGGCCGCCCAAAUAAUAGAUAUGCAACGCAUAGUCAUUACUGGGGCGACCUGAAAGUCCUCGCCCUGACUACCGAUACAUUCGACAGCUUCCGCCAGCAGGCUCCGCCGGAAGCCUUGUCAAAGACAUAUCGUGAUGCCAUAGAAAUCACCCAUUACUUUGGGAUUGAAUAUCUUUGGGUCGAUUCAUUGUGUAUUUUCCAAGAUAGCACAUCUGACUGGACCCGAGAGUCGGCGCUCAUGACAGAGGUUUUCGAGCGCUCCCCACGCUGGCGCUGUCAAACAAUGUCAAGCGAUGGGCGCAAUCUUCUAAACAUUUGUCGAGUUGAGAAAUUCGGACAACACAGACGGCACAUUAGAAACAAGCUUGCUGGAAGAGCAUGGGUUGUCCAAGAAAGAUACCUAUCUAGUCGUACUCUGCAUUUUACGAAUGACGGAGUGUACUGGGAAUACGAUCAGGGCCCAGCGUCAGAGGUUUCUCAGGCAAAGCCUAAGUUUCGACAAGGAUCGACUCAUCGCUAUCUCCGGGCUAGCGAAACAUAUCGUCAGUACUACAAAUGA